AUGGUGAAGCUGUUAAUAACAAAAUGUGCCAACAAAGACAUCCGCAACAAAGCUGGGAAAACUGCCUACAAUUUGGCAGCAGAAAAUGGCCAUUCACGCCUUUUUGACGCCCUAAAACUAGGAGACAGCUUCUGCGUCGCUGCAAGAAAAGGUGAGGUGAGGACAAUACAUAAACUGCUCGAGAGUGGCGCGGUUAUAAAUGGGCGAGACCAGCAUGGUUGGACUGCCCUACAUAGGGCGGCUUUCAAAGGUCGUGUAGAUGCUGUGCGGGCAUUGCUAGAGAAGGGAAUUGAUGUCGAUGCCAAGGACGAGGAUGGAUACACUGCACUACAUUGUGCGGUGGAGUCCGGUCACGCCGACGUGAUCCAGUUGUUGGUGAAAAAAGGUGCUGAUGUUGCGGCUGGGACUAAUAAGCGAGGUACUGCACUACAAAUCGCGGAGUCUUUGCACCAUGUUGGGAUUGCGCGAGUACUAAUUCAUGGCGGCGCAACCAAAGAAGGUGGCGUAACUGCCGGAUCUGUGGUGCGUUCAUUUGAGAAAUACAGUACGAAGGAAUUAGUGAAGGUGGUCGUGAAGAGGCAGCGGAGUAGAGGAAGAGCUUUGCGUGGUGUUGGGAAAAAAGUGUUGUGGGCUGUGAAGGAUAAAGAAGAGGACAAGUGUUUUGCUGCUUACAAGAUAACAGAAAAUGCUAAAGUAUCUCAACAACAUCCUGAGAUUAUUGAUACCAGUAACCAGAAAAUUAAGGACUAA